AUGUCUAUAACGGUCACCAUCUCCGGAAAUAAAUCAGAAUUGACUUCAUACUUUCAACCACCUUUGACCUUAUUUGGUCAAUAUGAGUGCGGUUUGCUAUCUUUUUCUGUAUUGAACUCAGUGCAACAUUUUCGUAAUAAUAUUCAACCUGUGCUUAGAAUUGAAUGUGAUCUCGUACAUGGUUCAUACUCCAACGGAUUACCAACUCAUGUGAUUCACGAAUUUAUGUCUAGUACCGCUCCGGGUAAUUGGUGCAUAGAAUCACCGCAAAACGUUAUCUAUUUGCCUGUAAACAAAACAUUAAUCCCAUCUAUAUCUAUUAAGAUUGUUGACCAAUUCGGUCACAGCAUUGACUUUGGAAAACAACAAAUUGAACUACGUCUUCAUUUAAAAAAGAUAAAAUGA